AUGCAGAAAUUGGACGUCAUUCAUAAGAAACUUCUUGAUGAGUGGAAGAAAGAAGAAAAACGCAAUCUAAAUGUCGUUGGUGAAAUACUUCAAAAUGCAAAGUUAUUCACACAUUCCGCCUGUUCAAUUCUUCCCGAAAUGUUCGCCUGUGUAAGCUUAGCAAGCGAUGUGUUUGAAAUUGAUGCCCUGUAUGCUACUCUUCGAGCCGAUUUCAAUGAAUUCCAUGAAGCGAUCACCGUUGUGUUGAACUUCUAUGACAGUUACAGUUCUGGUGGUGAGUCUCCGAAUAAAUACUUGAUGAUUGGGUUAAACUUGAUGUAUCUGCUGGCCACAAAUCAUCUUGCUGAGUUUCAUAUGUUAUUAGAGCAAGUCGAUCAGUCGGUGCAACAAAACAAUCCGUAUAUAUCAACACCAGUCAAACUGGAACAAUCACUUAUCGAAGGUGUUUAUAAUAAGGUUCGUAUAUUGCGCUUGUUUUAUUAU